UGCUGCUAGACCCCGUCCGGCGCAAGCCGAGGCUGAAUCGCAGGGUCACGCCAUGUCGGCCUCCUCGUCACGCCGUCGGCACCUUUGGUCCAUCCAUCCUCCGACUCUGUCUGACGUGUUGUUUGUUUGGCCAGCGGUCUGCACGAAAGCAUGUACCCGCCAUCCAUGCAAGGUCCCGCCAAGGAUCGCAGCGAAGAGGUCGAUACAUCUCGACGCUUCAGCGAGGUCUACUUCGGCUAUGCGUCAAACCUGGCCCCGUCCACCAUGAAGGGUCGCUGUCCCGAUAGUGUCUUCUGCGGCCUUGCCAAACUGAAAGGCUGGAGAUGGCAGAUCAACUCCACCCGCUACGCCAACAUUGUGCCCUCGGAAGAGCACACCGUCUAUGGCGCGCUCUUCUUCCUCUCCCCACGCGACGAGGCCGGGCUGGAUCACAGCGAGGGAGUGCCUUGGCUCUACGAGAAGCAAUGGCUUGAGUGUGAGCGCGUGCAGCCUGAUGGCAACGGGACGGGGCAGACGGUACCUUGCAUGACUUAUGUGGACGUGCAAAGACCGGAUGAGGGAGUCAUCGAGCCGGAUUAUGUCGUCUGGAUCAACAAGGCGAUUCGAGAAGCCAAACCGUAUGGACUUCCAGCCGACUAUGUAGAGAACAACAUUCGCAAGUACAUCCCGCCGACAUCACCGGAAGAAGAGGCACGAGAGAUCCAGAUGAUCCGUGUCAUGGCCCCAAGAGCAAGACCAGGAGGUGGAGGCGGUCCUGGCGGCUGAGUGGAACCCUCUCGAUCCACGGCGCGGCUGUCCAGCGUGACAUGGCCGCGACGAAUCAGCUUCGAGCUUGGAAAGCAUUACUGAGAGGUGCCAAUGAAGGCCGUAACAUGCGCGCCGCGAGGGCAAAGCUCUCAUUUGUUGUAUUGCACAUUACGUAGCAGUUGACUAGACUGAAGCCGGCGUCCUGUCAGAGUGUCGCGGCUGCGCCCGCACGAAACACGCC